UCUGCUCAAGGACACCCCUCCCGGGCAGCACAGGCUAAAAGGAAAGCAGCACCAGGUGGGAGCUCACUUUUGGGAGCUCCAGCACGAGCCAGAUGACGAGCGGGGUGGCGUGCCCGGCCUCCUGAGCUGCUUCACGGACUAACCUGCAAGACACUGCACCACUGGUUCUGUCCCCUCUUGCCAGGACCUGCAGGAACACCGCCAUGGAGGUGCGGGUGCAGGAGGAGGAGCCAGCAGCACAGCGCUCAGGAGGCCACCACCCGGUGCGGGAAGGAGAGGUGUUCAACACGCGAUACCAGGCUCUGCGCGAGCUGGGCUGCGGGGCCUUUGCCACCGUCUGGCUGUGCCAGGACACGAGGAAGAAGAAGAAUGUAGCUGUGAAGGUCCUGAAGAGCAGGGAGGGCUUUGCUGAGGCUGCCCAGGACGAGGUCUCUCUCCUCCGAUGCGUGAGCAGCAUGAGGAAGAAGGACCGGGCAGGAGAAAACAUCGUCUGUUUGUUAGAUGACUUCAGAAUGAUCGGAGAGAACGGCCUCCAUACGUGCUUGGUAUUUGAGGCCCUGGGUCCUUCCCUGCGAUGCCUGAUGUGUAACUAUGCAGCCCACGGAUUGCCUUUGCCUUUCGUGAAAAAAUCUUUACAGCAGGUGCUGGCAGGGCUGCACUUCCUGCACAGGCGCUGCCGGAUCAUCCACGCAGACAUCAAGCCCGAGAACGUGCUGCUGUGCGUCCGGGAUAAAGGGCUCCAAAGGCUGCUGUGCGAUGCGACCGACUGUGGGCAGAGAACGGAUUUGAGGUUAAAGGCAACAGGAGGUGAUCCUGGCAAUCAGCUGGAAGUUUCUGAUUUAAUGAGCAUAGAAGUGAAAAUUGCAGAUCUGGGCAGCGCGUGCUGGACGUACAAGCCUUUUUCCAAGGAGAUUCAGACGCAGCCGUACCGCGCCCUGGAAGUGCUGCUUGGGUUAGACUACGGCACCCCCGCGGACAUCUGGAGCACGGGCUGCCUGGCAUUUGAAAUGGCAACGGGGGAGUGUCUGUUUGAUCCUCAGCCCGGGAAAUAUUUCUCCAGAGAUGAUGACCAUGUUGCUCGCAUUAUCGAACUCCUGGGAAGAAUUCCUCCCCGCAUUGCUUUCUCCUGGAACAAGUCAACAAAGUUUUUCAGCAGGCCAGGCGCUCUCCUGCGGAUCUCCCGGCUCUCCCCGUGCAGCCUGCAGGCCGUGCUGGUGGACAGGUACCGCUGGCGAAGGCAGGAGGCCGCCCCCUUGGCCAGCUUCCUCCUGGCAGCGCUGCGCUACGCCCCGGAGCACCGCGCCACGGCCGCGCAGUGCCUGCAGCACGCCUGGCUCCACAACCCGUGAGCGGCCCCGGUUCCCCCCUCACAUCCCCGGUAACCCCCUCCCGGGGGCCGCCCUGCCUCACCUGAAGCGCUGGGGGCCGGGAGCCCCCUGAGGCGCCGCGCACAAGAUGGCGGCGGGCGGGCGGCGGGGCCCUCCCGCGGCC